CUGCCCGCCCGCCCGGGGCCGCUCCCGCGCAGGGCGCCCGGAGCUCCGCGUCCCGGCGGGGGGAGGCCAGGCGAGGCGAGGCGAGACGGGAGGAGGAAGCGGAGAGAGAGGAGCAGGAGGAGGCCCAGGCCGCCCCGGCGCUCCUGCCUCCCCCCGCCCCGCGCUUUGUUCACGGCAGCCGCCGCUCGCUCGGGUGCGAGAGCCGCACACAACCACAAUCAACAUAUCUUUAUUCCAGUUUCCCUUGGGCUAUUGAACCCUGAGACAUCUGGUGGCAAAUUCUGAGCUCAGAAUUGGAACUGGCCUUUCAGUCAGAUGGAGACUUUGGAGGAAAAGAGCAAUCUCCUUGGUUUACAGGCAGACAACAACAUGGAGCAACCAUUCACUGUCAGCUCAUUGAGAAAGCUGGUAGCUAUUCCUGACCACACAGACAUCUCAGUGACCCCGGAGGAGAGAGUGAGGGCCUUGAGCAAGCUGGGCAGCAACAUCAGCAUCAACGAGGAGAUCACGCCGCGGCGGUACUUCCGAUCGGGCGUGGAGAUGGAGCGCAUGGCCGCCGUCUACAUGGAGGAGGGCAACCUGGAGAACGCCUUCGUCUUCUACAACAAGUUCAUCACGCUGUUUGUAGAAAAGCUGCCCAGUCACCGAGACUAUCACCAAUGUGCAGUACCAGAAAAACAAGAUAUUAUUAAGAAAUUGAAGGAGGUUGCAUUUCCACGGACAGACGAACUGAAAAGAGAUCUUUUGAAAAAGUAUAACUUAGAAUAUCAAGAGUACAUGCAACACAAAAACAAAUGUAAAACUGAAUUUCUGAAGAAACUGGAGCACCAAAAGCUAAUAGAGGCAGAGAAGAAACGAAUCGCACAUAUGCGGCAGCAGCAGCUCGAAUCGGAACAGUUUCAAUUCUUUGAGGAUCAACUUAAGAAGCAAGAGCUAGCUCGAGAUCAGAAAAUCAAAGAGAGUGUGGUUAUGUCUGAACAGAUAGAUGGAAGUAUGCUGUCUUGUGUUUCUGUACCAGAGAACAGCUCCUUAUCUGCAGCACUGCUGGAGAAAAAGGAGAGGCGCGGCACCUCUGGCUGUGCUGGACAUUCACCGCCAGUGGAACGGGUCCUAAAGCCAGCAGCCACUCUAAGUGCUGUUCAGACUCAAUUGGCCGAAGGACUCAGAGGUGUCAUUUUGCCCAGGGAUCUCUGUCACAAAUUUCUGCUGCUGGCAGAGGCAAAUACAGUAAGAGGAAUAGAGACAUGUGGAAUUCUCUGUGGAAAACUGACUCAUAAUGAAUUUACUAUUACACAUGUAAUAGUGCCAAAGCAAACUGCAGGACCAGACUACUGUGACAUGGAGAACGUGGAAGAAUUAUUUGGUAUUCAGGAUCAGUAUGAUCUCCUCACUUUGGGCUGGAUCCAUACACAUCCAACACAAACUGCAUUCUUAUCCAGUGUUGAUCUCCAUACUCAUUGUUCUUAUCAGCUAAUGUUGCCAGAGGCCAUUGCAAUUGUUUGUUCACCAAAGCAUAAUGACACUGGCAUCUUCAGACUGACUAAUGCUGGCAUGCUAGAAGUUUCUGCUUGUAAAAAGAAGGGAUUCCAUCCACAUACAAAGGACCCUAGGUUAUUUAAUCCAUGUACCCAUGUGGUUGGGAAAGACAUAAAGAUAAUCGUGCUGGAUCUGAGGUGAUACGGAUGUACCACGACAAUGUACUCUACAGAAGGCCAAAAGAGAAAAAUGGAUUCCUGUUUUUUCCUACAUUUUCAGAAAUUACUUUUAUAUUUAUACAUUUUAGAAUGAAUGGUUUGAUAUUUAUUGCUCUAGCCUGUUUUGGAGUUAUUUUGUUGCUCUGUCAAGAUGGAGUUCAGUGGCAUUAACCCUGAAUCUGUAAACAAAUCUCACCCACAAAACACAACAA